CCGGGCCUGUUUGUUGCACUUUGGUCGCGGCACAAAGAAGGAGCCGGGAAGCCGGGACCGCUCGCGGCCGGGGGCGGCGGCAGCUUAUUACUUACCUUCAGACGAUCAGUUUGCAUUAUGGGGUCAGUACUUUAGGUUUGCUAACAAAUGGAUGAAAGCCUUUCUGAAGAAUCUUGUGGUGGUGGUGGUGAUUACUUAGAGAAUGAAGAUCAGAAAAAGAGACACCUAUCUGGUUCCAGUUCAUCAAAAGAUGUUAGGAAGGCAGUUGAAGAUACACUAUCUACUCCUUCAAAUAGUCUAGAUUUGAGUAGGAAAAAACUUCAGCAUCUUACUGAGGAAAUAUACAAAUUACCCAACCUUAAACAUUUGCAUCUGGAAGGAAAUGCUUUAGCCAUAAUUCCUAAGGAUUUAUUUCAGCAGCUGCCAAAUCUUGUUUGGCUGGAUCUCCGGUAUAACAAAAUUAAAACUCUUCCCCCUGGAAUUGGAUGUCACAAGCAAUUGAAAACUUUACUUUUAGAAAGAAAUCCUAUAAAAAGGCUGCCAGUGGAGCUUGGUAAUUUAACUUCAUUGACAGCACUGAAUCUAAGGCAUUGCCCUCUGGAGUUUCCACCUAAAGAUGUUGUACAGAGGGGACUGCAGUCCAUUCUGUGCUUUCUCCGGAAUGUUGGUAAUGGAAAACUAGUCAAUUUAGAACCAGAUACUCAAGAAAUGCCACCUGUUGAAAAGUUAAAUUUAACUGAGCUGAUGAAAUCCAGUUUGGAUUUGUCAGAUGAGUGGCCUAAUGAAGAAGAAAUGCUACGAUUUCAGAAGCUGAGGGAGGAAAUGGUGAAAGAUGAAAAGGAAGAAUUUCUUGCUAACCAAGAUUUAAAUCCUAAAGCCACAAUGCAGGAGUUUGCUGAGUUCAGAAAAAACGGCAGAAAGAAAGAGAGGCUCUACAACAAAUCAGCGACUCUUUCCAGGAAGAAGUUCUCGCAGAAGAAUAUAUUUUCUGAGUUUCAAUCAUAUGGUAAGAUGAUUCAAGCAAAGCGAGCUGAAGAGUUCAGAUUGGCUGUGCAAAAGGAACUAAAAGAAACACAGGCUUUAAUUGAACAGCACAGAAAAGAUAAAGAAAUGCUUCGAGAAUGGAGACAGCGUGCUAAGAUGAUGAAGGAGAAGAAAGAAGUAUUGUUCAGGUAUUCACCUACAAGAGCAGACAUGAAAGUAGAAGAGCUUCAACAGGAAAGAUUGAGAAAGACCCACCCUACAAUAUGCACCUAUAGACCUGUGGUUAGCAGACUUCUGUGGAAGUGGGAGACUCAAGUCCCUGCUCUUAAUCAGAUAUCAAAAAGUGCACCAUAUGCUACUGAUAGCAUCAAUUAUCACAACACGAGAGAAGGGUGUGAAAACCUAAAGAAACGCAUACCUGAAAAAAGUGAACAUGUGAGAAGAAUGUUGAAAGUAAAUUCUAUAAGAGAAGCUGAAGUUGCAAGUGCCUCCAAGGAAAAAGAAUUGGAACAACGCAUCAAACAGCAUACACAAAUGAUGAAAGAAAGAAGAAAAAAGUCAAAAGGGACAUCUCAAGAGGAAAUGCAGAGAGCAAAACAAGACUUUGAAACUGCUGAAAAGCUUCAGGCUGAGCUAGCACAAGUAAAACAAGAACUUCAGCAGGAGUAUCGAUUUACUGCCUUCACAGGCGAGCCUGUUCCUGAUUCACCAAGAAUGCCGCCUCAUAAUAUCUUUUCUACCAUGAAAUUUUGAUUGCCUGAAAUUCUUAAAAGAACAUUUGUCUUACAGUAUCCAUCUGUAUUGGAAAGCUGCUUUUCAGCAGGCUUUAAACGUGCUCCUUUUAUUACCUAUUCUUGUUGAUUGUGUUAAAGUUUUUAAAUUAAAAUGAUAAUAAAUCAUUCUGUCUUGCCCAUUCAACUAACAUAAUUUCAGUAGAUUUAUUGUUAUAUGGUUAUAAAGUGUUUUUGGUGUUAUAUUGUGUUUCUUUACUGUUUCUUUUUGACCUUCUUAAAAUCCCAUUCUGCAAUUUUUACUCAAGCAAACCCCCUAUUGAAAUAUGCUUCAGUUGAAAUUUUGCCUAGGUAAGAAUUGCAGAAUGUAUCCUUUACAUUGUCAUUAUUUGGGGUAAGAAACUUUUUUUAUUUGUAUGUUUGUUCAUUUUAAAUACCACGAGCACCUACAGUAUAAUAUAAAUUAAUAAUGUAAAGAAUAAUAUAUCUCCAACUAUGCACUAUAUGUUAGGGCUGCAGUUGCAUAAGGAGAUUCUGGUGUCAUAGCCACAACAUUAGUAAUUGUUAAAGCACAGCUCUGCUAUCUAAGGAUACUUUUCACAUGCAGGAAGAUCCUGGGCACUAGAAAUAUAAUUGUUCGUGUAUUUUACUUCAAUGAAUAAAAUAUUUAAGUAUUUUAUUUUCAACUUUCUUUCCCCUAGAUGGCAUCACUUUCUGUCUCCAGCACCAGGAUGUAGGGCUUGGAUCCUGUUUGCAGACAGUGGGAGCUGACAGCUCCAAAAGUGAUCAGCUGCGGCUGGAGGGAAUUGUGCUGCCUGCUGCCCUCUAGUCCAGGAGGGAGAUCCAGAUGCUGGCAAGGCAAGGGAGCCACUGAAGGAAGCAGGAGAAGUGUUGGGGAUAUUCUACUAUAGCUAGUUACACCCUCCUCCCCCAAUUUGAAAGAGUGGAGAGGAGACAGGAAAGGACUGGAGGAAAAGCUUCUAAAAGCAUUGGAGCCAGGAAUAGGAAGCAGCUGAGCAGGAAGCCAAGAGCAUAGCAGGAGUAGGGGAUAAGUGGGAUAGUAAUUAGGAUAGGGACAGCCAUACAAGCCCACUGUAGGGAGGUGAGGAAGAAGGGAGUACGGCUGGAGUCAGCCCUUUUGAAGGGACCUAUUAGCAAUCAAUUCCUUCCCCAAUCUCCCAGCAGUUGUGUCUGUAGUACCCCAGCAAAUUCCUCUAAGUAGCUCCCUUGCUUUGUCAGGGUCUGGAUCACCCUGCUGGUGAAGGGAAAGCAGGUGACAGAUUAUCUCAGGCUGCUGCUAAAUGUCUUCAGAGCUGUCAUCCUCUGAAAUCUAAUCCCUUCAGUAUCAGGCUGCAGCCAGAAAGUUGGGCCUCCCAAAGGAGAGAAAGAGAAAAGGUAAAAAUAAAACACUUGAUCCUGAAUCACCACAGUGUGACACCAAUUUUAUAGGAGUGUUACUCCUCUGAAAUCUGUGGAGUUACCUAGAUGUCAAACUGGAGUAAUGCAAUGGUGUAUGAUGACCUUUUGCCUUUCUUUUCAAAGCAAAAUCCCCAUUAUUUAUUGUACUAAUGCCCAGGAGUCUCCUAAAUGUAAAAGUCUUUAGUAUUUAAAACCUUGCUAACGACCUUUUAAUAUCACGAAAGCCUCAGAAGGAAACAGUGGAUAAUUUCUAAACAUUAUGUCUGUUAUUUCAUUUUAUAUAUUGAAAUACAAGUCUUCCCUCCCUGUCUGAUCUUUGUAGUCUCCCCUCUCAGCCUCCUCAACUUGUUUCUGGAGUCAUUUGUCUUUCUGCUGCACUUCAUGCCUCACUGGGGGUUUUCACCUUUCUCCAGCCUGAUGAUGUACGUUUAAAACUUACCUGAACUCCAAAUGUCUGUGAUUACAGUUUGAUUGAAAUAUGGCCUGCUACUGGGGCACAAAAUUAGGGUCCUGAAACAGCUCUCUGGUGGCAGGAAGCUGUGCUGGAUGGGGAAGAGUUGAAUUCACAGUUGGGGGAGGAGGGGUUCCUGUGUGGAAAGUGCGGUGCAAACCUGUGGGGUGUGCGGUAGAGGAAUUUUUUUUCCGAGGAAGACGAUGGAGAGGACAGAGAGGAAAGGGUGGCUAUCAAACAGAAUCCAGGAGUGGCUGGUAUUGCUGGUACUUCAGAAUAUGUGGCCAAGUUUGAUCAUGUCUUAAUCUGCUCCUGGAUACAUACAGUUUUACAUGUUCAUAUUUUGGAAUCAAACACUGAUUAAUAAUAAGGAUUCAAUACCUACUGAGUCAAGUUCUGCUCUCACACAACUGUACAGUCCAGAGUAUCGCCCUUGGGUUCAAUGGAAUGUCUCUGGAUUGGCACUGUUGAAAAUGAGAUUACUAUUUGGCCCAUUUUUUUGUCUGACUGCUAACACUGUAAAAUGUUGUUUAAUCAUUCUGUUCACUGUUUUCAUAUAUACUAAAUGUGUAGCAAUGUACAUUUAGCCCUUAAAAAUGCUAACAUUGAAGAGAAAAUACAAAGCACUUGUAUACUAAUCACUUAAAUAUAAAGUGAUCAUAUAGUCAACAACAUUAUUUUUAUCUGAGCACUAGUUAUUUUUAAAUUCAAGAAUAUUAUUACAAUAAUUUGUUCUUCUAAAUACACUUACCAUUCAUACUGUAAUUCUAAAUGAUAUUGCCUAAAUAAAUUGCAUUACUGUGUAAAGAUGUAUAAAGAG